AUGCAGCGUCAGUCUUCCACCGCAAUGGAAGAGAAAGCGCGAGCGGCUUCAGUGAGCCCAACCCGCCUGGAGCCUUCCGCCCAACGACAACAAGAAAUAGAAAGAGCCGCAGGUGUCGCCCGAGCACGCCUGGUUUCAUCUAGACGACCAGUUACCCUGACCACCGAGGAAGUCUACGCGAUGGUCAGUCACUACCGCAUCAAUAUCAGAGCGCAAGGGAGGGACGAGAGCUUGAGGAACGAGCUUGCCGCUAUCUGGAUGGAGAGAAACCAGCCGGUAUGCGUCCCUCGCCUCCUGCGAGACCUCCGUGAGGGGGAUACCCAGCAUCUCGCGCAGGAAUGGACGAGUGACGAUGAGUUGGAGGACUUCCUGACGUUCUGA